AUGGCAGAAAUAACUCUCACCCCGCCCGCCGUGCCAGCAGGCGGGAAACGUAUAGCAGUCAUGACCUCUGGCGGCGACAGUCCCGGUAUGUCAGGAGCUGUGCGAGCCGUUGUCCGCCAGACACUGGCUAGCGGCUGCGUGGCUUUCGCGGUGUAUGAAGGCUAUCAAGGACUUGUCGACGGCGGCGACAUGAUCAAGGAAAUGGCAUGGGAAGAUGUGCGAGGAUGGCUUAGUGAAGGCGGUACUUUGAUCGGAACAGCACGAUGUAGAGCUUUCAUGGAACGGGCGGGACGAUUGACGGCUGCAAACAAUAUGGUGGAGAAGGGUAUCGAUGCGUUGAUCAUUUGUGGUGGUGAUGGGUCUUUGACUGGAGCGGACAAGUUUCGCAGCGAGUGGCCUGGGUUUAUGGAUGAGUUGGUGAAGACGGGCAAGAGGAGGGAGGAGGAGGUUGCACCGCAUAGGCAUUUGAAUAUAGUGGGAUUAGUCGGCUCAAUUGAUAACGAUCUCAGUGGGACGGAUGCGACGAUCGGGUGUUACAGUUCGCUGGAAAGGAUUUGCCAGGCGAUCGACUACAUCGAUGCGACGGCCUUUUCACAUCAGAGAGCUUUCGUGAUCGAGGUCAUGGGACGGCAUUGUGGAUGGUUGGCUCUCAUGGCAGGUGUGAGUUGUGGUGCGGACUUCAUCUUUAUCCCGGAGAACCCGCCGAGUGAGAACUGGGCGGCGGAUAUGUGCAGUGUGGUCAAGAAGCACAGAGAGAUGGGCAAGCGGAAAACGAUUAUUGUGGUGGCGGAGGGUGCGCAUGACAGGCAACUUAACCAUAUCUCGCCUUCAGCGGUCAAGACAUUGCUUUCGGAGAGGGUUGGCCUGGACACGAGGGUAACGACUUUGGGACAUGUGCAGCGUGGUGGACCACCGAGCGCAUACGAUCGCAUGUUGGCGACCUUGCAGGGUGUGGAGGCUGUCAAGGCCGUGCUGGAUUCAACCCCAGAGACUGAGUCACCUGUUAUCUGUAUUGUGGAGAACAAGAUCGUACGAAAGCCUCUGGUGGACGCGAUUGCGAAGACGAAGGAAGUGGCUGCGAUGAUUGAGCGCAAGGACUUUGAGGGUGCUAUGAAGGGUCGAGAUGCAGAGUUCGAGGAGUUCUUGGAAGCCUUCAACAUUACCACUGCAACGGAGAAGUCCGGCAUGCUUCUACCGAAAGAACAGCGUAUGCGCGUGGGUCUGAUUCAUGUUGGUGCGCCGGCUGGUGGUAUGAAUGCCGCUACACGAGCAGCUGUGGCAUACUGCCUGGUCAAAGGCCAUACACCAGUUGCGCUCUACAACGGCUUCCCGGGCCUCUGCAGACAUCACGACGAUAAACCUCUUGGCUCUGUUCGCGAGCUCGGCUGGCUGGAUGCAGAGAGCUGGGCUUCGCGAGGUGGCUCUGAAAUUGGCACAAAUCGUGGUCUGCCAGCUGAGGACUUCGAGAAGACUGCUUUCUGCUUCGAGAAGUAUAAGAUCGAUGCUCUUUUCGUGGUCGGUGGUUUCGAGGCUUUCACAGCUGUAUCUCAACUACGGAAGGAGCGCAAGAACUUCGACGCUUUCAAGAUCCCCAUGGUCGUCCUGCCCGCUACGGUCUCCAACAACGUCCCAGGAACAGAAUACUCGAUCGGCUCCGACACCUGUCUGAACGCUCUGAUCUCCUACUGCGACGCCAUCAAGCAGUCGGCGAGCGCAAGUAGAAGACGAGUCUUCGUAGUAGAAACGCAAGGUGGAGCGUCCGGAUACGUCGCCACAAUCGCCGGUCUUGCGAUUGGCGCACUUGCGGUUUACACUCCGGAAGAAGGAAUCCACCUCAAUAUGCUAGUCGAGGAUAUCAAAUACUUGAAGGAGCAGUUUGCCACCGACAAAGGCCAUGCGCGAAGCGGCAAGAUUAUCCUCCGAAACGAGAAGGCGAGCUCGGUGUACACGACCGAACUGAUAGCAAACAUUAUAAAAGAAGAAUCCGGCGGCCGCUUCGAUGCCCGUUUCGCCGUACCCGGUCAUGUCCAACAAGGUGGUGUCCCAUCGCCUAUGGAUCGUGUCCGUGCCGUACGUUUCGGCGUCAAGUCUCUCCAGUACCUAGAAAAGAUGUUCGGGAAAUCCAAGCAGGAGAUCUUUGAAGACCCUAUGAGUGCGACCGUCAUCGGUAUACGUGGUGCCAGGGUCAAAUUCUCUGCGAUGGAGAAGAUCGAGAGGGAGGAGACGGACUGGAAGGACAGGCGGCCAAAGGACGAGUUUUGGAUUGAGCUUGGAGGGGUGGUGAAUACGCUUUCCGGAAGGCAGAGGGGGAAGAGGUUGUUGAGUGGGAAGAAUACUCCGAUGCCGCCGGGUAGUCCGGAUGUGCCGGCCAAGUCGCAAGAGGAUAUCGAUAGGAAGGAGAGUCUGCGGGUUGGCGGGACUUCGAAUCUUUGA